GAAACGUGUUUUCCCGCUGCGUCUCCCUGUUGUUGUCUGCAGCUGCAGCUCUGAUGAACUCCUGAAUAAAAUAAUUAAAGUUUAAAGUCAUGGCUGCUUCGAACUACUCCUUAAAGGUCAACAGAGACCUUCUGGACCCGAACUUUGAGAGCUACAGGUUGUCUCUGGACCCCAUCCCGACCUACAGCGUUGAGCUGGAUGCUGAGGUGGAGGAGCUGAAGCUGAAGGACUCUCAGUACACCCUGGAACACAUGCGUGCUUUUGGCAUGUUCAACUACCUGCACCUGGACCCGUGGUACCACGACACAGUUUUAUUUGUGGACUGCAGAGGACGGGUUCUGAGCCUGACCGUGACUCUGGACACGGCUCUGGGGAAACCGACAGAGGUUUACCACCUUCCUGCAGCAGAGUCCGGUCCACAGGAGGACCGCCUCUGCGCCUCGCUCAGCCUCACCUCGGCCACCUGGGCGGCGCUCUCUGACGGCGGCGGCCGACUGAUCCUCCUCCGCACCGGGAAGAGAGGAGAGGGCGCUCACAUGAAGUGGGACCCGUUGUUCCUGGAGGAUGUCGGCGAGCCCUUCACCGUCCUCCACAGCGUCUCGCACGUCCACGCCGGAGUCCACGCCGUGGAGGUCCUGCUGCUCCGCGUCCAGAAGGACCCCCAGGAGAGCACRGGGAGCGGGUACUCCGUGACCCUGGAGUGGAUCACCGUGUCCAACGCCUCAGGAGCCGAUCCGCUCUACUUCUGGCAGCAGACAUCAGAGGACAUCACCGUCUGUGUACGAAUGCCUGAAGGCUUCACCAGCGAUGAUGUUCUCUUCCAGCUGACGGCGGACCGCUUGAGUGUUGGAGUUCGGGGUUUCCCCCCGAUUUUGGAAGGCCAGCUCUACGCAUCUGUGGACCCCGAGGCCAGCGCCUGGAUCAUCAAAAAUGAUAAAAGUCUGGAGCUGAGUCUGCAGAAGCUCAGUGAGGGAUCCAUGUGGUCUGAGCUGGUGAUGGGAAACAAGAAGGGAGAGCUGGUGAUGAGUGACGAGCAGGCCGCCCUGAUCCACGACAGACUGACCCACCUGACCUCUGAAGACCUGCAGAGUGGAAACCUGGACCGGGACCAGCCUCCCUGUACCUCCCAGGAGCUGGAGGACUGUGAUGGGUUUCCAGAGGACAGCUCCAGCCUCACACACUUUGAUGGAGACUCCCUCAGACCCACUCAGGUGGUGAACCUUGGCAGCCAUCAGUACCUGUUCACGGUCCAGGUGGACCCAUCUGAGAUGCCGUGUCUUUGUCUCCGUCACGAUGUGGAUGCCCUGCUGUGGCAGCCCCGCCCGGACCGGCCCGAGGACCUGUGGGAACACGUGGCCACCUUCAACGCUUUGGGUUACGUCCAGGCGUCCAAGCGAGACAAGAAGUUUGCCACCUGCGCUCCCAACUUCUCCUACGCGGCGCUGUGCGAGUGUCUCCGCCGCACCUUCAUCUACUGCCAGCCAUCCCCCGUGGACACGGUCCUCGUCAACAGGAAGCAGGCGCGUCAGGUGGGACAGGUGGCCAAGCAACAGGUGGCCAGCCUGGACUCGGACAAGUCCAUCCUGGGCUUCAGAGCGUCCAACGAGAGGCUGUUCGUCCUGACGUCCACUCACCUGUUUGUCCUGAAGGUCAAUAAUUAGACCUGAGACACUCCGGGGUCCUGGGUCAGAGAAUCUGAGCCAAUCAGAUCGUCUCGUUUCCUGGGUCAGAGAAGCAGAGCCAAUCAGAUCG